GCUAGGUUCGCAACAACGGCAGCUCAUUCAAGACCUGGUUACCCAGCACCAGGACUUCCAGCGGCAAUGUGUCCAGCAGCUCGCAGCGGUGCUGACUCGGCUGACGAAGAUGGGGCCCGGCGACGACCCUGAAGCCUUUCUCGUCACAUUCGAGCGGGUGGCCGUCGUCGCGGGCUGGGCCCAGGACCAAUGGGCCACCAUCCUGGCCCCAUACUUAACGGGGACUGCUCAGACGGUCUAUCGAGGCUUGUCUGUGGAGGCAGCCCAGGACUACAGCCAGGUGAAAGCCGCUAUCCUAGACGCCCUGGAUGUGAGUCCAGAGACCUACCGACAGCGGUUUAGAAGCCUGGCGUAUCCUCCAGGGGCCCGACCUCGGAUAGUGGCCCAGGAGCUUCGAGUGGUAGUAUUGGAGCAGUUCGCCCAUGUACUCCCGCCGCGAGGAAGAGCCUGGGUCCUCCGCCAUAGGCCGGCGACAGUGGCCGCGGCCGUUACGUUAAUGGAGGACUUCCUCGCGGGUGAAACCCCGCUGGGCUCGGCUGGCCGGACAGCCCCGCCCCGGACGGAGCGCCCCAACCCAGAAAAGAAGGGGGCGCCCACCCUCACAGACGUACAAGUUUCCUCCCAUGGAGCGGAGGCCCGGACCCGUACCGCCACGUCCUCUGGGAGACCCGCUCGGACCCCGGUUCCUGUGGCGAGAGGGGACUACCGGAACCUGCCUGGAGGUAACCCCGGGACCCGGUCACGGACGGGACGAGCAGACCUGGGGCCCUGUUUCUCCUGUGGAGAGUAUGGCCAUUUACAGCGGGACUGCCCAGGACUGGAGUGUACCUUUGGCCAGGUUUACUCAGGGGAAGGCCGUGCCCGGCGUUGGCAAGCGGCCAAGAUCACCGUGCCCGUGGUCGUUGAGGGGCGCCCGACGGUGGCCCUCCUCGAUUCAGGCUGCAGCCAGACACUGGUCUGCCAAACCAUGGGCCCGCAGGCUAACAACCACCUGGGGAAGAUUCAGCUGCAGUGUAUCCACGGGGAUAUACGGCCCUACCCAAGUACCAGGGCCCAACUGACUAUUGAUGGGGUCACCCAGCUGAUGACAGUGGGACUUGCUCCACGGCUGGCGUACCCGGUGAUCCUGGGUCGGGACUGGCCCGAGUUCCCCGCCGUACUAUGCCGCCACGCCGAGGGCAGCCCGCAGGUCACGCCAGCCUUGGAAGGAGACCUCAGAGACUGA